GGGCAGGCCGCAGCCAUGCUGCCCUCCUUCAGUUACUUGACGGAGCACAUCGGCUUCCGCGGCACUAUCAAAAAUUCGCCGAGGGACUUCGUAGUGACAGAGCUCGAGGUGCCCGAACUCCUCCUCAGGGACACCCGGGUUGAAUCGCUCCAGAAAACCAGCGAAGCGCCGCCGGCACAGAGCAGCCCCUACCCGCGGGAGUCCAAGAACAGGAGGACGGAGCCCCCCGGCCCGGGUGUCCCCGGGUGCCCCCGGGAUACCGUGCCCGGGCCCCCGGGGCGCGGCCCAAGCCGGGCUGGAGGCGGCUGUGCUGCAUCCCCUGGCAAAAGUGAGCGUCAGGGAGAUUCCGAGCUGCAGUCCGGCCUCGGGGAGGUCCCUGUCUUGGAGUCCUUACUCGGCAACCCCGUGAGCGAACUGCUCCACAAAUUUGCCUGUGAUCUGAAGGAUGCGUGGGGCUUGGAGAACAGCGCUGAUGCUAGCACUUGGGAAUUCUCGCUAGGACCUAGGCUGGACAAGAAAAUUCGAGCUGAUUUGCACGGUGCUGUUAGGCAGAAAUUCCCCUUUCUAGUCACUGUUACAAAAGACAAUGAAAUGAUUGUAAAAGGAAAUCCUGAUUACAGAGAACUUUGUCAAUUAGUGACUGAAAAGGAAACAAGUGAUUUCUUUAAAUUUUUAGAUGCAAAGCUAGAAAAUUCUACGUUUUCCUUUCAGCCUGAUGGAAACAAAGAGCACAGAAAAAUAGUUCACCACUUUAUCAAUAGAAAGUUUGGAAAGCUUUUAGAAACAAAAUCGUUUACUGUGACAGACCUCAAUGAUCAGCCAAAUACGUCCAUAAUGGUAAGGUUUCGACAAAAAUCUUGGUCCAGAAAACGGUCUGCUGGUGGUUUUCAGGAGAAGCAAGAUGUUUACACAGCUUUCACCCUUCAGAAAGAAAACCUAGAAACACUAGAAGCAAUCGGCUUGUUGGCAGCUGAACUUGAUGUUCUUCCUUCAGACUUCAGUUACACUGGCAUCAAAGAUAAGAAGGCAAUAACUUUGCAGCCUAUGGUUGUGAAGAAGGUGACUCCUGAGAGGUUGAAAGAAAUUGGAAACAAAAUGGAAAAAAAGGGUAUGAAAAUAUACAACAUCCGUCCAGCAUACCAGCACCUCAGACUUGGUCAGCUGAAGGGCAAUCACUUUGACAUAGUUGUGAGAGAUCUCCAGCACCACAGUCAUGACUCUUCUGCAGAUUUGAAGGAGAGAAUAUCUGAAGCAAUGGAAAGUGUUGAGACAAAAGGUUUUGUGAAUUACUAUGGACCUCAGCGAUUUGGACAGGGGCAAAUUGUUCAGACCGAUCAAAUAGGAUUGGCUUUGCUAAAUGAAAAAAUGGUGAAAGCUGUGAAAUUAUUUUUCACACCCGAAGAUACUGAUGAUCCUGUAAACAAUGCAAAAAGAUACUUUCUUCAAACUGAAGAUGCAAAGGGCACACUUGUGAUGCUGCCAGAGUUUAAAGUGAGAGAGAAGAUGUUGCUACGAGCUUUAAAUCGCUAUGGUGUAAAUCAUGAAGGUUGUACCAAAGGAUGGCUCAACAUCCCUCACUCCUUGCGCAUAUUCUAUGUCCAUGCUUAUUGCAGUAAAAUUUGGAACGAAGCAGCAUCAUACAGGCUGAAGACUUAUGGCUCAAAAGUGGUCGAGGGUGAUCUUGUCUUUUUGGAAGAAAAUGAUGAAAGCAUUUCCCUGAAUGACAAGGUUCAUGUAGUCACUGCUUCAGAAGAAUCAGCUAACAAAUACUCUAUAUACCAAGUGGUUCUUCCAAUGGUGGGACAUAGUAUCAAGUAUCCCCAUAAUAAAGUUGGACAAUGGUACCAUGAAAGACUUUCUAAGGAUGAGCUGGAGUUGUGCAAAUUCAGAGUGUCUCCAUUACAGCUGAAUAUACCUGGAUGCUACAGACUCAUUUUGAAAAAUGUUCAGAAUCUCUCAUAUUUUUUGGAAAGUAGUGAAGAAGAGAUCAAAAUUGAGGACAACCAUCUGGGUGAUUUAAAAGUCUCUCUUCAUAUAUCAUUUGACCUUGAUCCUUCAUGUUAUGCAACAGUUUGUCUGAGAGAAAUAAUGAAAUGUGAUUUUUAAGAUUCCACUUAAUGAAAGAUUGCAAGAAUAUUGUACAAUGUUGGUACUUCUACAUGUAAUGCCAGGAACAUAAGGGAGAAUAAUAGGUUCAAGUCAUGAACAGGAAAAAUUUGUAGAUUAAUACAGAUAAGGAAAAACAUUACCAAAAUCCUUUGGAAUGUUUCAGAAUGAUUCCAAACUCUAAAUGCAUUGAAUGCAUUGGAGUGAAACUGUUACAGCAGGCAGAUCUAACACAACUUAAAGAAAUCAUGGGCAGCCAGCAUGAAUUUCCUGUUUGCAUAGACAUCUGGCUUGCAAAAUUAAGUUCUGAAAAAAUAUUUGCAGCAAACAAUUGUAUCUUGUAAUUCAUAGUAUUUUUAAAAUGUUUUAUACUAAAUGCUAUUCAAGCAGUAAUGUUACAAGUUUACAGCCUAAAGGUUUCUGACUGAAAAUUUGUUGUACUGAGGUUUCCUAAAUCUCUUGUGUUUCAUUGUGCUCAAGUACUUAGUGUUAAAAGGUAAAAGUCCUGAGUCAACAGUGACAAGUUGUCGGUUGCUUUAUCAGACAUUUGAUGAAUGCCCCAAAUUAAGUUAAUGCUGACAGUUUCAGGAUUCAGUAGUGCAUAGCUGGGAGUGCCCAUUUCAGUAAGCUCUUCAAGAUCAGGCAAGUACUUGAUA